AAAUAUGGCAAAUGAUGGUGAUGCUAAUAGAAAUGUUGCAAUCAUAUUUGGGGUCACUGGGCUUGUUGGGAGGGAACUAGCUAGGAGAUUGCUUCUAGAACCUUCUUCUUCUAAUUGGAAGGUCUAUGGCAUAGCUAGAAACAUUGUUCUUGAUGAGUCACUUCCAAAUUAUCCCUCUUACCAUUUCAUUUCUUGCAAUUUGUUGAACCCUUUGGAGACUCAAAAGAAGCUUUCAUGUCUUCAUGAUGUGACUCAUGUGUUUUGGGUCACAUGGGCGAGUCAAUUCCCAUUAGAGACACAAGAGAGUUGUGAGAUCAACAAGGUAAUGAUGUCAAAUGCUUUGAGUUCUUUGUUCCCAAAUGCAAAGAAUCUAAAGCAUGUUUCACUCCAAACAGGGACAAAGCACUAUAUUUCACUUCAGGGUCCAUUUGAUAAUACUAAUAAUAAUAAGAAGUUCUAUUAUUACCAUGAAGAGUUUCCAAGAAUUUGUAAAGGUUUUAACUUUUAUUACACACUUGAGGAUCUUCUUAUGGAGAAAUUGAAUGGUACUAAGGUAUCUUGGUCUGUUCAUAGGCCUGGUUUAUUGUUGGGGAGUUCUAUUAGGUCAUUUUACAAUUUCAUGGGUAGUUUAUGUGUUUAUGGUGCAGUUUGUAAGCAUUUGAAUCUCCCUUUUGUGUUUGGUGGGACCAAGAAAUGUUGGGAGGAGAAUUACAUUGAUGGGUCAGAUGCUAGGCUUGUAGCUGAUCAACACAUUUGGGCAGCAACAAAAUGUGAAGGCUUUUUCACAAAUGGAGGAGAAGCUUUUAAUUCCAUUAAUGGGUUUAGUUUCACUUGGAAAGAGAUGUGGCCAAUUAUUGGUAAGAAGCUUGGUGUUUAUGUUCCACAAGAGAUGUUUGUUGAGAACUUCUUGUUUUCUAGGGCUAUGGCUGAGAAGCAACAUGUUUGGGAGGAGAUUGUGAUGGAAAAUGGGUUGGUCCAAACAAGUAUUGAUAAUUUGGCUAAUUGGGAAUUUCUUGAUGCUUUGUUUAGGUUCCCUUUGAAACUUUUGGGGAGUAGAGAUAAAGUUGAUAGGCUUGGUUUUGGUGCAAGGUAUAAGACAUUGAAUUCAAUAUUGUAUUGGAUCGAUUGUAUGAGAGAUGAGAAGCUUAUUCCCUAGGAAUUAGUAUAAGUGUUUAUGGAGUAAUUAAGUGGA